AUGGAUAUCCUACAACUCGCCUUUGAUCGCGUUCUCAACCGUUUCCCUCCCUCGCCCAUACUUAUAUAUUGCACGUCUAUCCAGAACAUGGCCCCCGAACGCACAAAAUUCUGCAAUCUGUGCAAAAAAGACCUCAAACCAUGUGGGUGGACCACUCAUCGCAAGGCCUGUGAGAAGAAGGCCGAGAAGCAGCAGGCAGAAGCAGGACCUUCAAAUUCAGCGAGACAUCGAUCAUACACAAGCGUAAAUGAUUCAGAGCGUGCCGAUGAAUUUAUGGGAAACGAGAUUGAUGAUGGCAUGGGGUAUAUUGACGAUCACUUUGCUGAUGCUGAUGUCUCUGAACGUGCAAGCACUCCCGGAUUCCGGGUUGAUGACAUUAGGUGUGAGUAUCAUCCAAGCAGUGGGAUCCCACCUGAGGUCCACGCUUUUGAGGACUUCAAAUGGCAUCCAACCCCACUGGCAUCUAUCCCACCUAACAAGCACCCCUGGGCGCCAUUCAAGUUGCGACUAGAGUUUGAACUUGCUGAACUUGCCCUGGAGGCUUGUUUGAACAACGAGCAGACUGAUCGGCUCAUACGACUUUGCAACCGGUGCACUUCCCGACAGGAGAAGUUCACAUUCCAGACCCACAAGGACAUUCAUGACAGGUGGGAGACUGCUUCCCAUCGCCUCACAGAGUUUACUCAAGACAUGAUUUCAGUACUGUAUGACGGUACCAUACGAGAGUUUGAUCUACACUAUCGCAAUCUCUGGGAGUGGGCUACUGAUCUCCUUUGUGAUCCUCAGCUCUUUCCACACAUGGUAUUUGAUGCGCAGUGCUUUUCAAAAUUUGAUGGCAAGACAUUUGUAACCUUUGUGGAUGAACCUUACACGGCUGAAGCUUUUUGGAAUGUUCAAUCUCAGCUACCAGAGGGCACCAAACCUCUGGCUUUUAUUCUGUAUGCGGACAAGACUAAGUUGUCCUUGUUUGGUACCACAAGAGGUUACCCUGUCGUUGCACGCCUUGCGAAUCUUCCCACCAACAUUCGCAAUGGUCAAGGUAUGGGUGGCGGCUACGUUGUUGGGUGGCUUCCUAUUGUGAAGGACGAGAAGGACCACGCUGGCAAGCCAAGCUGGGUCAAUUUCAAGAAUGCUGUUUGGCAUGAGGCGUUCUUGAAGAUUCUCUCACCACUAGUGUCGAAAUCUAGUACAGGUCAAUGGUUUGAAUGUCUCGACAGCAUCCAACGCUGGUUCUUUCCUUCAAUAUUAAUCCUGUCGGCCGAUUACGAGGAACAAUGUGUUAUGUCGCUCACUCGAGGGAUUAAGUCCCUGUGGCCAUGCCCAGUUUGUCUCGUUCCCCAUGACAACCUUUUGGAUGCUUUGAAGACCUAUCCUCGUCAAACAUCCGAUCAGUCACAGAACAUCUUGCAGGUUGCAUGGGGCAAGCAGACCGCUGAAGAGAGAGAUGAUACGCUCAAACAAUAUGGACUUCGUGAUGUCCAGAACACUUUUUGGAUUGUCGCGCUUACUUGUGUACAUUAUGCACUCUCGUGGGAUAGGCUCCAUUUCAAUGGUGGCCUGUACCGCAAUCAUUUGUGGGCUGAACUGCAGAGAUUGAUCACUAGUCUUGGGAGAGCAAGUGUAGCGCAGAUGGACCACAACUACGAGGCGUUUCCAUGGUGGCGAAAUCUCAAACAUGUAUCGCAAGUCAUGAGCAUUUCAUUCACGGAUAGUAGUGUGUAUGAAGACAUUUCGAAGAUGGUGAUCUAUGCUGCACAUACCAUUGUGACUGAGGACGAGUGUCCAAUCGGCUACCUCUUACUUCGUUGUAUUCGACUUUUUCUUGAAGUCGAUUUAUAUGCAGCACUUGAGGUUCACACAGCUGAUACUAUCCGUGCAGGCUGA